UCUCACCCUUAGAAUAUGUUAACCGGGAAGAAUAUUUUAUUUCUCUGGAUUUUUCUAAAUGUUAGAUGACCAUAUGCGUUUUACAUGCGGAAUUGUACCGUUGAUGAUUGUUUUCAUAGGUGUAAUAAUUUAUGGAUUAAUCUAGAAAAGACUUCAAGUUACAAACAUAAGGAUCCUUCAGAGACUUUGGGAAUUCCAUGCACAUGUUGAAGCAUACCAUGGCUUUAGAGAAAACAAAAUCUGUGCAAGUAGGGACCAAAAAUAAAAAGAAAAAUGAAAAAUUUGGGAAAGUAAAACUUCCUAGGAGAGAUAUAAAUAGUACAAUUAAUCCUGAUUUAUCCAACUUGCGUAAACCAAUUGAUACAAGUGUAUCUACUUUGUACCAUAUUAGUAAGCUGCUUGAAGAUGCUACAGAGGAGGUUAAAUCUAUAUUAUCUUAUGAAUGUGACAUUAUUUAUGAAUGUCGUAUUUGCCGCAGCUUAUUUAGAAGUAUUGCUAAUUUUGUAUCUCAUAAAAGAGAAUAUUGUAAAGAAAAGUUUAAUAUUACACUUCAUAGAAAUAUGUGGGAUGAUCUCAAUACAAUUUCUGCCUUUGGUUCAGUAAUUCAUACAUGUCAGACAAAAGAAACAGUAAUUAAAAAUAACCUUACAAAUGAUAGGAUACUUAGAAGUCAAGUAUCCAAAGAAACACAUAAAAGAGACCUCACUGCAGUAGUAGAUAAGCUUCUUAAAAAACAAGAAGAAAAUAUGAGAAAUAACUUCUAUAGUAAAUCAGACAUUGAAAAUAUAAUCACUCCCAAGGAUCAACAUAUUUAUUUAAAAGCUAUAGAUACAAAUAGUUCUGCAGUAUAUCAAACUAUUGAAUCAUCACAAGCAAUAACUAAUGUUACCGAUUUGAUAGCAAGAGAAAUGACAGAAUCCCAAAGUGUGAUGGAUCGGAAUAGUACUACAUUAGAAAAAAGUGAAUUAGAAAAGAAUUAUAAUCCUAUUCAAGCUGAUACAAAUAAUAAAGAUGAUAAGAUGCCAGCAUAUAAGUCAUCAACAAAUAGCUUAGUUUGCACUAUAUGCAAUACAAAGUUUUCAACAAAAAAAACGUUGACUUUCCAUAGGAAAACACUGCACACAUCCCAGCGUGUGUGCUAUACCUGUCCUCGCUGUACAAAUACAUUUGCAAAUACAUGGAGUGUUCAUCGACAUUUAUUCAAAGUUCACAAGUUGACUAACGAGCAAGUGCGUAAAUUAAGAUCUCAAAUUGAAGAGAUACCGUUCGAUAGAGAAACAGCUGCGACGCAGUGCUUUAAGAAAGGUCGCCCAACUAGGACAUCUGCUUCAGAAAAAAUAAAGCAUAAUAGUCUGGCAAAUAACGAUAAAGAACAGGAGAGAAUAUCCCAUUCAGAAUCCGAUGUAAAAGAUUUGAGCUGUAAUGGAUUCGAGGAAAAGGAAGUUUUGUCUGCCCAUUCGCAGUAUUAUCAAGCACUGAUCGCUGCGUACAGCGAAGUUAAAUCCGAAAUCAAUCUGUCUGAUAGAACUUCGUCAGAUUUAAUAUUGAAGGACGACAAUUAUGAAUUGAAAAAUGAAUUAAAAGACACCGAUGCAACGACUGACACGAAUAUAAAGUCAUCCACUAAUGAAGAUUCAUCGAAUACUAACUCCGAUCGGACGUCAUCGCCUUCCGACAUAGCCAUCUAUGUGCAAGAUGUUGCUACUCUUAGCAACGAAGAUUGGGAUAUCUUAGAACACAAUGAUAAUUAUUUGUCGGACCGCAAUUUGACAAAUAAUAAUAAUGUUCUUCCGACAAUUUCACCACCGACAGUCCGUCAGAAUAUCGAUGACGAGCCACCGGUACUUGAGCCUUACAUUUCACAGCCUUCUGAAAUUGUAUCCCAAGAUACAAAAGAAAUGGACUUUAUAGAUUUAGAGAUCAAUCAUGAAGAAGGCAAUACGCUGAGUCCCAACGAUGAAAAGCGAACAAUUGAUUUGAAUGAGGAAGAUAUCAUCGAAGUGCAACAGGAUCGCUCUGAAUCGCAACCUUCGCAUUCGAUGCAAUCGGAUGAGACAGAGCUGACUUUAUCAAUUAAGAAUAAGAUAGCCGCUAUGACGAAUUUUCAGAGAUUACAGUGCCUUUUAUGCAAACGAAAGUUUAUAUCCACAACUAGUCUACGUAGGCAUAUGGCGAAUCAUAUUAAAUGGUAUCGGUAUCGCUGUAAAUUAUGCGACUUCAAGUGCUUCUUCAAAUGCGAUUGCGUCGCGCAUUGCAAUAAGAUGCAUAACGCACAAAAUAAUCCAACACUUAUAGCGGAGAUGGUGGGCGAAAUACCGCAGGAUGAGUAUACAUGUAAGACAUACGAGAAUGUCAUUAUGGACUUGAUGAAUACAAGGAAGAAGUUGAACGACCUCGAUGUCGUUGAUAAAGUUGCGUCGUCCUCUCAGUCGGAAAUUUGUGAAAACUUGAGCGAUUCGAACGAUGCGAAUUCGCGUGCUGCUGUGCACAAGGAAGAAACUGCCACGACGAAGGAACGAAUUACCGACUCGUGCGAAAGUGUUCAAGACAAAAAUGUUUCUACGGAAGUUACUGGUGAAGACACGAUGGUUUGUACGAAUCUAGAGGAAUACAUGGCGAAUCGUAGCCCAGGCAAAUUAGACGUUCAUCCUGAUCUCAAGCGAAUGGUAAUGGAGGUGAUACUUGGUUCCAACGAUGCGAAUAGCGCGGCCAAACAGGCAGAUUCGGACAAGAGUGUAUCAGAUAUUAGUAAUGAGGCAGGUGGAGAUACACAAAUAAACGACAAUGAAAUUAGUACCGAGUCUAUCGAUAACACAACGGUAACAUAUUGUUCGGUCACGAGCGAUUCCAAGCCUCAGCGUCCUGUACGCAAACGGAUAAAACUCUUGUGCGAGGAUUUCAUCUACGACUUAGGGAACACGCAAUUCCGAAAAGAAUCCAGUAAGGGCUCGUCGUCGUUUCACAUCGCCGGUAAAUCGCCGACGAAACAGCAUUUGAAUUUGUGUGACUCUGAUACUUUGACGAACGUGCGAAAGAAAGCUAAAUUGUACAAUAGAGCAGUUAAUUCUAAUUAAUAAUUUAUAUUGAGUAAUAAUAAAUCGUCUUGUGACUUUUCGAAAUGUCAA